GCUGCUGUUGCUGCUGCUACUGUCGACUGGGCGCGUAAUUGUUGCUUCCUUGGCCAGGACAUGGAUAUAGUACGUUCGCGUUGGCGCUGCACAGCGGACGUGUGCGCGGCACUCAGUGAAUUUGCCAGGACAUGCAAAACGAGUCGAGUGAAAAUGUGGCCCCAUCGAUGGCCACAACAGCUAUCGACGCGGCCGACCCCGUGCGCAGCACACCAGCCCCUGAGCCACGUCGUCCCAAGCCGGGCAUACUCCGGCUGGACAUAAGCAAGCCACGACGUUCAUCAGGUGGUUCCGUUGAUUUUCGUUGCGUGAGUGGUGCUGGCAAUGGCAGUGGCGGUGGCGGUGGCGGUGGCAGCAGCAGCGCCAAUGUCACGGGCGCCAACAGUGAGAACAACUCGGGCGUUACCUCUCCACAUCAAUUAUCUGUGACGUGGGCGCCGCCAUGCGAUUGGGAUAAAGGCGGCUGGCAAAUGCAGAGCAGCGCCGACGAGCGUAGAGAAUAUUAUAGAGGUCAAAAAGGCAGAAGAACUGCAUCGCAGGACGAAAACAAAUCUUAUGAACUAAACGAUUUUCACGCACCAAACCAAAGCAGCGACGCUGAGAGUUGCGCCUACAACAACCAACAGGAGCCGACGCACAACCAGGAACUCGCCUACGAGCAGCAGCAGCAACAGCAGCAGCAAAAUGGCGCCGUUGAUGCUGAUGAUGAUGAGGAGGACUACUCAAUUUCCGUAUCGGCGAUAAUGCAAAGACGUGCCAGUGUGCGUGGCUAUAGAGGCAAACGUGGCAGUCGCAAUUCGCGGCGUGCAUCGAGUCCCAUGGAUCACGUGCUCGAUAGUGUGGAGCGGCGACGCUCCAGUGUUUAUACAACAAGCUCAGAGGAGGGCACCAAUCAGGAGUCCACACAGGAGCAAAUCUUUGAGAAUAUACGCCUACACAAGGAGGUCAUACAGUCGGUCAAAUUACAGCCAUGGCACAUACGCAAGAAGCUCAAGCUGGUGCGCCAGGCGAAAACGUAUGUGGCACGCCACGAGGGCGCGCUGCAGGAGCGCUUUGCCAUGUCACGCAGCACGAGAGAUUUGUGGGCGAGGUUUAAAAUUUUAAUGGCAGCGCGCUGGCGGCAUUGGAAACGCGAAACCGCCAGUUUUCUUACAGUGCUCAUACCCUGGGAGCUGCGCAUCAAGGAAAUCGAAUCGCAUUUCGGCUCCGGCGUCGCAUCCUAUUUUACAUUCCUGCGCUGGCUCAUGUGGGUCAACAUUAUGAUUGCCAUACCGCUCGUUGCCUUCGUUAUUGGACCGGAGUACUUUGCCACCAAGCACGAUGAAACGGAUCCGCGCAAACGCAUGUCUGAACCGGAAUAUAAAGUGGCCGGUAAUCUUUUUACGUUUUGGGAAUUCGAGGGCUACUUGAAGUAUUCGCCCAUGUUCUAUGGUUAUUACUCGAGCACUUCCGGCAUCAGCACAUCCGGCUAUAAGCUGCCUUUGGCUUAUUUUCUUACCGCCGUCCUGGUCUACAUCUACAGCUUUGUGGCCACGCUGAGAAAGAUGGCUGAGAACUCGCGCAAUUCGAAACUUUCCUCGAAGGAUGAUGAGUGCGUCUUCUCCUGGAAGCUAUUCACCGGCUGGGACUUUAUGAUUGGACACGCGGAGACAGCGCAUAAUCGCAUCGCAUCCGUUGUGGUUGGCUUCAAGGAGGCGCUGCUCGAGGAAGCUGAAAAGAAAAAGGAUAAUCGCAACUGGCGCGUUAUCCUGCAAAGGAUAUUGGUCAACAUUUUGGUCAUGGGCUUGCUGGCAUUAUCGGGCGCUACCGUGGUGCUGCUGGUGAAUCACUCCGAGGAUUUGGCCAAGCACGACAAUUGGCUUAGCCGCAAUGCGGUGAACGUGACGAUGACGUUGCUCUCCUUCUUUCUGCCCAUGAUUUUCGAAGCUCUGGGCUUAUUCGAGAACUGGCAUCCCAGGCAACAGUUGCGUCUGCAAUUAGCCCGCAUCAUGAUUUUGAACAUGCUGAAUCUGUACUCGCUCAUGUUCUCCUUCAUCUACAAGAUAAACAGCAAAGAGAAGCCGCUGCAAAUGCUGAAGCUGGAGAACGAAACCAACACCCAGGAGCUGCACAAUCUGAUGAGCUCCAUCGAGGCGCUGCGUGCCAUGACAACCACAACGCCCAUCUACAGCGACAGCACCUCGGAUGGGCUCUACGAUGACCCGACAACGACUUCGUCCUGGGGCGCCGACGGUGCCGGCACCACAGAUGCCAUCUUCUCGAGCACUGCAGUGGGCGCAUUUAUAACCACAUUGCAGCGGCUAAAGUGUUACAACAUAACUGUGAAAUGCUCAAAACCCAGACGUAUAUUGAUCAGCUCGAAGAAUAUAGCAACAACCUUGUUGUUACUCAAUCUGACCACGUCAACGGUGUUGCCAACAACUCUUCCAACAACAACAACAACACCAAGCACAACACAAGCAACUACGACAACAAGCACUUGGUCUACAAUGCCACCAACAACCACUACAGAAGCCACUACAGAAACAACAACAACGACUACAACAACUCCUUGGACUACUUUAGCAACGACAACCACAGAAGCGACAACAAUAACGACCAAAACGCCGGCAACAACAUUGCCCACAACAACAAGCACCUCAACAACUACCCCUACAACAACCACAACAACCACCACCACAGAAGCGCCUUUUACCACGGACGAGGAGCCAGCCUAUGAUUAUGGCAGCGAUGAGCCACAGAUUGACUCCUCAACCACGACAACAACAGCGGCGCCGGGCAACGAUAGCUACUUCAACUAUGUGGAUUACUUUGAGGGUGCAGAACUAUCCGAGCCAGGCGUCGACUAUCAGGCAACCACCGAGGAAUCGGAUGAUCCGCUGGCCCAGGUGCUAGCCCAAGUGGAUGACCAGCCGGUGACAACGCGCCGAAAGAGAGCAGUGGCUGGGCCACCCAUUUGGUACUCAAGCAAAUACAGUCGACGUCAUCGAAAUGAUACGAGAGGCACGGCUGGCUUUGCCACAGAGUCGACCACAGCUGCCAGUAAUCCACCCACCAGGCCCAUAUAUUACCCACCAUAUAAUCCGGUGAGGAGAAUUCUAAGCGAAGAGGAGUGGAACCGCCGGCAGAAUCUAAGGCGUGGCGGACUCAUCAAGACAAGUACCACAGAGCAGCCAACAACAACAACAAUAGCAACAACCACUACGGAGGAGCCCACAACAACAACGGACAUCUACAGCACGGACUCGAGCAGCAGCAGCAGCAGCGGCAGCACCACCACCGAGGAAUAUGAGUAUACGGAUGAGAAUGGAGCCACCGUGACGCCCUAUUUCAUAGGCUUCGAUGAUAUAGCGGAUGUGGGAAGCACCGUUUACUACGACAACGAGAAGCUUGGCUAUUGUGUGAUAACCGUGUGUCCGAAGGAGGGCGAAGACAUUUUUGGUGGCAGCACCACACCCGACGGACUGGACACCACGCUCAGCGGUGAAGUCAAGCAGCCAACGACUGCGAUGAAGACGCCGCUGGAGCGUCAAGUUAUGCGGCUGAAGGAGGUGCAGCUGACGCUCAAACAAAUCCAAAUGAAUCUGACGACCAUGUGCUGGGAAACAUCCCUUGGCCAGGAGCUGUCAAAGGUCAUCGUCUUCGACGGGCUUAUGUCCAUUGUGGCGCCGCUGUGCAUCGACUUCUUGCGUGCCCUAUUUGUGCGCUACGUCAAUCAAAACUGGUGCUGGGACAUGGAGAAAACGUUUCCGCAGUAUGGCGACUUUAAGAUAGCCGAGAACAUCCUGACGUUGAUUAAUAACCAGGGCCAAGUGUGGAUGGGCAUAUUCUUCUCGCCGGGUCUGGUGCUCAUCAACCUUGUCAAACUGAUGAUUAUGAUGUACUUUAGGUCAUGGAUAGUGCUCACAUGCAAUGUGCCGCACGAGGUGGUAUUCAAAGCUUCCAAGUCCAACAAUUUCUAUUUAUCGCUGCUGCUGACCAUGCUGUUCCUCUGUGUGCUGCCCGUGGGCUAUGCGAUUGUCUGGCUGCGUCCCUCCUGGCAUUGUGGCCCGUUUUCGGAAUACAAUCGAAUUGCCGAAUUCAUUACGAAUACCACACGCAACGCAUUGCCUAAGCAACUCCAUGAGCCCCUUGACUAUCUGACAUCCUCGAGCACUGUUAUACCUCUGCUGCUGCUCCUCAUACUCAUCAUCUAUUAUCUGAUAUCGUUGACGGGCGCGCUACGCGAGGCUAAUCAAGAUCUGCGCACACAGCUGCAGAAGGAGCGGGAGGAGGAGCGCAAAAAGAUUUUCAAAGUACCAGAGGUUAAGCAGGCGGAACCAACGGCCACAACUCUGACAAAUCGUUGGCGCAAGGUACUUGAGGCAUCAUCCCCCGUCACGCCCACACAGCCGCCAGAUUUUGACACUGAGGAGUACAAGAAUCAGGCAAGGAAAGAGCUAAUCUCACGCAUCAUGAAGAAGGCACUGCGCAAGGGCUCGGCCACCUCGGAUGAGGACUCCUUUGUGCGUCGCGAUGACGAUGACACGGACACUGAGCACCAGGAUUCGCUGCCGCAUGAUGAGGAGCCCAAGGAGAAGCGCUUUGGUCUUUCACGCCUGCAGCAGAUACGACGCACCCGGAAACCGUCGCUUGUGGACAUCGUGCAGAUUGCCAAGCAGGAGCGAGCGCGUUCCAGUUCCAUUGCCGCAGCCAAUGCCGCACUGGCUGCUGGAGGCAGCAGUCCGGGCACAGCCGGUGGCGGUGACCACUUCCCCAUAAAGGAGCCCCAUCCCAAGAGCCGAUUCAAAGUAGAGAAAAAGGAAAGGGAAAGCUUUCGGGAUAAAAGGGACAGGCACAAGCAGCCGUCUCACGCCGAGUCGCCGUCACCCAAGGCCGGCGAACAUGAUCCGGAGACGAACUCUCGAAUUGUCAGCGAACGACGCGCCAGUUUACUGCGCCGCAAACGGGACAAGGAGGAGCAAUCCAUGCCAGCAACGCCGGAACCGGAACCGGAACCACAGCCGUCUACAGUUAAGACUGCGGAUCGACGAACACCCGAGAGUCAGUUUCACAUCGUGGACGAGAAGAAGCCACCCGAACCUGAAGAAGAAGAGCAGGAAAAACCACCCAAGGAAUUGCCGCCACUGCCCAAAGAGAGCGGUCAUCUGGACGGCAAAGGCCUGGGCAAGUUCAAGUUCCGCAAAUACAGGUCAAAGGCAAAUAUUGUGGCUGCCAAGCCGGAGCCGGAGGUAUUCAAGUUCGAUGACAAGAGUCUGGAGAAGAACAAGUCGGGCGAAAUACCACAAGUGCCCAGCUCCGAUCACCUAAACACCGAACUGGCCAGCGGCAGUGAGUCGCAGCCGCUGCCUUCGCCCACGCCCAGCCAAACACAUACUCAGCGUCAGGUGAAUGCCGAGAAGUUGGCGGCGCUGUCGCGUCAGGGACGCAAAAAGAUUGGUUCCCUGUUGGCCCUGGUACGUGAGGCUGUCAACAUAAAGAAGGAAGAUGUCGAGCAAGGUUCAGAUGAGUCACCGGGUCCGACCACCCCAACGUAUUUGGCAUAUACACCACCGCCACCACCGUCGCUAUUGUCGAGCAAUUCGAGCGCCACAGCACUGGAGAUGCCACCCACACCGGAGCCGGAUUCGCCUACGCCCAGCGCUCCGCUGCACUUUGGCAGCAGCACAUCCUCCGCAUCACAUCGGCCAGCAGUCAAGCCACCAACACCACCUGUUGCAGCUGCUGCAGCCGCCGCCUCGAGCUCUACGCCCACCUUGGCCACCAUGGAUGACUUGGAGGAAUUGGAUAUGCCAGGCCCUAUAACAUUCCCCAAACGCAGUGCUUCCCAGCGGCGACGCGCCAUGAGAGAGGACUCCCAAAGUUCCAUUUGGUCAGAUAAUAUACCCACGAUUACCAUCAGCACCACGGGCAGCGAUGAGUGCAUCGUGGAGAAGGACACUGCAGCAGCUGCCCCAGCAGUCGCCGUAAAUGGAUUACCUGAGCGCAGCGAUUCACGAGGUCCCGCUGUCAAUAUCAUAAAGAUCAAUAUUGAGGAUGAAGAUGAGCAGCAGUAGUAAUUCCAGAACUAUUCAGUAUGCCCCAAACGCCAGAUUGUCUUCUUAACUAAAGAAAAUUUGUUUAGUCUACUCACAAUUUAGCUUAAACUUGUUAUCAACAACUUGUUAGCCAAUCUCUAGCUGUCUACCCGAAUAACAUUGAAUAAAAUAGUUUGCUUUCCUUGAA